AUGCCUUCUCCCGCUGAACUGCCCAAUCUUCGAGCCUCCAUCAGACUUGGCGACAAAGGAGACAAUGUAGGCACCUGCUUCUACGAUGUCAAGUUCUACCCCUAUGCCCUGCCCGGCAAGGACCUGCUGUUCGCUGUUACCGGCGACAAACAUACCAUCGUUUGCCGUCCAGUCCUGGAGAAAGACAACGCCAUCGAGGUCCUGCGCUGGUUCGUUGACGAAGAGACGAACGAAGAUGGAGAACCGAACGCCAGCCUCAACAGCCUAGAAUGGACGCAAGACUUCGAGACAGGCGAACCGCUAGUGUGCGUCACGGGAUCAAACCCUAAGAUAAAACUUCUCAAUGUCCGCACUGGUGCCUUGGUUAAGACCCUCACCGGCCACGGCUCGUUGGUCAAUGAUCUGGCUGUAUCGCCAUUGACGCCCCAUAUACUGGCAUCUUGCUCCGAGGACUACACGGUUCGGAUCUGGUGCCUGGAUCCCAAGUACGAGAAGCAACCAUGUGCCCUCAUGUGUGCGGGAGGGUUGGGCGAAGGGCACAAGGAGGCAGUCCUGACCAUAGCGUGGCAUCGCACCGGCAGAUAUCUACUGUCAGGGGGGAUGGACACCGUUGUGAACAUGUGGGUGAUCCCUGACCUACCGAAUGAAGACACCGGCACAGACAACAUGACCAUAAUCCACUACCCGCACUUCUCGACCACCGAGAUACACCGCGACUACGUAGACUGCGUCCGCUUCUACAACGACCUCAUCAUCUCCCGCUCCGCCAAAGAAAACAAAAUCCUCCUCUGGCGCAUCGACGGCUUCAACUCCAGCCACCCGCCACCCCCUUCCGCCAGCGCGCCUCCAAAAACCUCCUCCUCCCCACCCACCCGCUCCGCCUUCGGCGCCCGCUUCCAGCGCCUGCUCCAGUUCGAAGCCCCCCUCACCAACCUGUUCUACAUGCGUUUCGGCCUCUUCCACGCGCCUGAGAAACACCCCGUCCUCGUGAUGGGGAACGAGCGUAGCAAGCUGUUUUUCUGGGACCUGCAGGCCUUGGAAGAGGGUGUUGAGUCCGGUGACCCGACCUUGGGCCGGGGAGGCCGCGGGGGUUACAGGGGCCGCGGGAAGGGCGCGGUGGGGAGCGGGAGGCAGGGCGUGCUGCGCGAGGAGAGUAUCGCGAGCAAUGUGUCGGGCGUGUCGAGCAAUGUGGGUAGUGUGGGUGUUAGCAGCGCGACGAGUACGGGGAGCGGGGGGGAGAGGAAGUGGAAUAUUGGGGAUCCGUUUAGGGGGAUUGUCGCGCAUAAGAGUAUUACGGUUGGCAAGGUGACGUUUGCGACGAGGGCGAUUGCUUGGAGUGGGGGUGGGGAGUGGUGUGUUGCUGUUGGGGACAAUGGGAUGAUUUGUUUGUUUCGGCGGUGGGAGUAG